GUUUCCACCCAAAUCAAUAAUGGCGAGAACCAAACAACCUGCUCAACGGAGUUCUGGCAAGCGAAGUAGAGCAUCUACUCCAACGAGUAAGUCAUCAAGGACAAGUCCGAGGAACCACCCUGGGAGUUCAGGAGCUGGGGAUGGUCGGAGGCACCACCGUUAUAGGCCUGGGGCUAAGGCGCUUCGUGAGAUCAGGCGUUUGCAAAAGACCGUCAAUCUUCUCAUUCCAGCUGCUCCUUUCAUUCGAACUGUAAAGGAGAUAAGCAACUACAUUGCCCCAGAAGUCACUCGCUGGCAAGCUGAAGCUCUACAAGCCCUUCAAGAGGCAGCCGAAGAUUACCUAAUACAGCUAUUUGAAGAUUCAAUGCUAUGCGCGAUUCAUGCAAGGCGCGUUACUCUCAUGAAAAAGGAUUGGGAGUUGGCACGGCGGAUUGGGAAGAAAGGGCAACCGUGGUAGUUAGAUCAGCCCCGAGUUGUUGUAUGCUGUAUAUCUAUCUCUUAAGGUACUUGAAUGUGUAAAAGUAGGCAGCAGGCAUAUAUUUAUGAUGAAAACAGGUCCAAGAUGUUAUUGAAUGCAAAUUUACUGUAGUAGAAAAAAGACCAGCCUCCUACAACUACAUACAU